CAGAAGAAACUACAGCAGGUUUAUCAGGCUGAAUGAUGGGAGGGACUGUGUCUGUUCAGACGUUACAAGAGAAAUAAACCAUUCAGGAAGAAUCUCCUUAUGAUCGUACUAAACUUUCACAUCGACACAAUUUAUUAAGACACUCUUGAGACACUGAGAAUGUUGAGUUGAAGAGAUGAAGUUCAUUUGUUUGACUCUUCUGCUUGUUAGUGGAAUAACAGAUUCAAGAUCAGAGCAGUUUGAAGUAGUGGGACCUGUAGAUCCUGUAUUUGCUGUCGCUGGUGAAGAUGUGAUUCUGCCCUGUUCAGUCAAUCCCAGCAUCAGUGUUGUGGACAUGAGAGUGGAGUGGUUUAGACCUGAUCUGAAAAACUCACCACUAGUGCAUCUCUAUAAUGAUCACGAAGACAGAAACACAAGUCAGAUUCAGUCCUACAGAGGGAGAACAAAACUGGUCCAUCAAGAACUACAGAGAGGAAACGCAUCACUCAAACUCUCAACAGUCCGAGUCUCUGAUGAAGGAGUUUAUCAGUGUUUAAUUCAGUCCAAAUCCAGGUUUGAUGAUGCCACUGUUGAUGUCAGAGUUGAAGCUGUGGGACGUCCUCCAGUGAUCACUGUAGAUGGGUUUGAUGGUUCAGGAGGGCUUCAUCUACAGUGUGAAUCUGAAGGUUGGUAUCCUGAACCCAAUCUUGAGUGGCUGGACAGUGAAGGAGUCAGUUUGAGUUCAGAAACUACAGAGACACACAGAAACGCAGACCGAUUCAGUGUCAAACACACCAUUAUUGUUUAUCACAGUGGCAAGAUUCACUGCAGAGUCAAACUGAGACAUCACAUGCUGGAGUCACUGAUCAACACCACAAAUAAUUCUCGGAGGACAUUGGCCAUUCUGAUUUCAGUUAUAGUUGUGCUAAUUGUGAUUGCUGGAAUACUGAUAGCUGUGUUUGUGCAUAAAAACAGAGAAUUUUCUUCAGCACUCGAUCAACUACAGGAUGAGAAGAGCAGAAUACAACAUGAAUUUUCUUCAGCACUCGAUCAACUACAGGAUGAGAAGAGCAGAAUACAACAUGAAUUUUCUUCAGCACUCGAUCAACUACAGGAUGAGAAGAGCAGAAUACAACAUGCAGUGAAAGUGACUCUGGAUGCUGAUUCAGCUCAUCGACAUCUCAUCGUGUCUCGUGACGGGAAACAAGUGAGAUGUGGAAUCAGCCAGAACGCAGUGGAUGAUGGAGAACACAGGUUUGAUGAAUAUCUUGGUGUUCUCGGGAAGGACGGAUUCUCCUCAGGGAGUUUUUACUUUGAGGUGAAGGUGAAGGAUCAAACCGAGUGGGAUUUGGGAGUGGCCAGAGAAUCUGUUGACAGGAAUGGCAAUAUCGAUCUGAGUCCUAAUGCUGGAUACUGGACUGUGAGACGGAGAUUUGAGAGUUAUGUAGCUCGUGAGUCUCCACGUGUCUCUCUUUCUCUGGGAGUGGAGCCUCAGAGGAUCGGGGUGUUUGUGAAUUAUGAGGAGGGUCUCGUCUCCUUUUAUGAAGUAGAGUCCAUGUCUCAUAUCUACUCUUACGUCAUGUUAAGGUCCUUUCACACUGAACGCGAUUUUGAAUCCGAGAUGAAGUUCAUUUGUUUGACUCUCCUGCUUGUUAGUGGGAUUACAGAUUCAAGAUCAGAGCAGUUUGAAGUAGUGGGACCUGCAGGUCCUGUAUUUGCUGUCACUGGUGAAGAUGUGAUUCUGCCCUGUUCAGUCAAACCCAGCAUCAGUGUUGUGGACAUGAGAGUGGAGUGGUUUAGACUUGAUCUGAAAGACUCGGUGCAUCUCUAUGAUGAGCAUGAAGACAGAAACACAGAUCAGAUUCAGUCCUACAGAGGGAGAACAAAACUGAUCCAUCAAGAACUACAGAGAGGAAACGCAUCACUCAAUCUCUCAACAGUCCGAGUCUCUGAUGAAGGACGUUAUAAGUGUUUUAUUCAGUCCCAAUCCUGGUCGGAUGAUGUCACUGUUGAUGUCAGAGUUGAAGUUGUGGGACGUCCUCCAGUGAUCACUGUAGAUGGGUUUGAUGGUUCAGGAGGGUUUCAUCUACAGUGUGAAUCUGAAGGUUGGUAUCCUGAACCUGAUCUUGAGUGGCUGGACAGUGAAGGAGUCAGAUUGAGUUCAGAAACUAAUGAGACUCACAGAAACACAGACCGAUUCAGUGUCAAACACACCAUCAUUGUUUAUCACAGUGGCAAGAUUCACUGCAGAGUCAAACUGACACAUCACAUGCUGGAGUCACUGAUCAACACCACAAAUAAUAGGUUUAUUUCUUGGAGGACGUCAGUCAUCCUGAUGUCAGUUUUUGUUGUGCUCAUUGUGAUUGCUGGAAUACUGAUAGCAGUGUUCACGCAUAAAAACAGAGCACACGAUCAACUACAGAAUGAGAAGCGCAGAUUACAACAUGAACGUGAUCAACUUUUACAAAGUGGUGUUUUACAAGCUUUCCCACAAUUAAGAAAACACAUGGAACAUGAUCAACUUCAAAGUCAGAAGAUUAUUAUAACAGAAGCUGUACAACAUUUAAGAAAACACAUGGCAGUGAAUGUGACUCUGGAUGCUGAUUCAGCUCAUCGACGUCUCAUCAUGUCUGAUGAUAGGAAACAAGUGAGAUGUGGAAUCAGCCAGAACGCAGUGGAUGAUGGAGAACACAGGUUUGAGUAUCAUCUUGGUGUUCUUGGGAAGAACGGAUUCUCCUUAGGGAGUUUUUACUUUGAGGUGAAGGUGAAGGGUCAAACUGAGUGGGAUUUAGGAGUGGCCAGAGAAUCUGUUGACAGGAAGGGCUGGAUCGGCCUGAGUCCUGAUAAAGGAUACUGGACUGUGAGACGGAGAGAUGAGAAAUAUUGGGCUCUUGAGUCUCCACGUUCUGUCUCUCUUUCUCUGAGAGUGACGCUUCAGAGGAUCGGUGUGUUUGUGGAUUAUGAGGAGGGUCUCGUCUCCUUUUAUGAAGUGGAGUCCACGUCUCAUAUCUACACUUUCACUGGUCAGUGCUUUAACAAAAAACUCUUUCCAUUUGUUUGUUUGGGGUACUGGAAGAAUAAUAACUCCACACCACUGAUUAUCUGUGAGGAUUAUUAAUGACGUCAAUGAAUGAAUUUACAUAAUCAAGUGAAAUAAAAGGAAAUACAAAACAAUCAGUGUAACAGCCACAAAUAUGAACUAUUAUUCACAAAUGUGGACACAGAAGUGUGUGUGAGGCGCUCAUGAUCACCUGAUCAUCUCCACUAGAUAGUGAAUGAAAGUCAUCAUGAACUCAAUAGUGUUUGUUGAUGAAUGUCCAGAUUGAGGAAAGCAGGAAUCAAAUGUCAAGCUCAAAUAUCAGACAUGUUCAUGUGUGUAACGCUUUCAUCACUACAUCAUUCCCACAAUGCCAUUGUGUUAUUCAGAUUUCAGACUUAUGUGGAUAGUGUAAAGAAUUAGUGUCCAAACUUCUGAUCACUUUAGACACAGAUGAAUAGAUGAGUUUAAGUUUAUUCAUAUAUUCUUAAGUGCUCAUUUGUAUUCUUCGUUUUCAUUCUUUUAUUAUUAGGAUGGAGAUCGUUCACCCAAAAAGACAAUGUUCAUGUGUUUCCAUCCAUAUUUAUUGUUCUGUUGCUUUUAUAUGAAAAUAAAUAUAAUGAACAAGA